UGCAACCGCGUCCGCGGUCCACGGUUCACGAUUUCCGGGCCUUGCCGGUUCUGUUUUUUCCCCGCUCGUCACAACGAAACAAAAAAAGAAGAGUAGGAAGGACGAUAUCCGUUUUCCAGAAGAAGACGCGUGCUACCUGUGCGGCGAGUGAAAGUGAUCGUUCGACAGCAUUCGCGAGAGGAAGUUGACGAGAAAAAUCAACGGUCGCUUUUCCGGUGGCAGCGUUUUCCCGCCACUUUUCGUUGCCGGUAAAAUGGCCGCGGUUACGAUACCAUCCUUUCCACGGAAUUCGGCGUUCGAAUCUCUCGUGCAGUGAGCCAGAACGAACGAGCAGAGGAUCCGAGCUGCAAGGAAAGACAACGAGAACAGGUGAACGGGUUCGAGCUACUUAUUUAUCAUGAGACACAUCGACCUCGCUGCGUGGACCGUUGUUCAGGAGGUGGUCGUUGUCGUUUCGAUGGCAAGCCGGUAGGUUUUUUUCGAGCAUUUUACGAGUCAUUCCGCGUUUCCUGGAACUCGAGGAACGCGAUCAUGGAACUGGGAGUGCCGUACGAGCAGCUGAUCUGUAAAUACGAGUGACAGUCGUUGGUGAUGUGGUGAGAAAGAGUGCAAUGACAGUGGGAAACGAAGUCCAACUGUCGACGGAGCUGAUCACAGGGACGUCCUGAGGGGGGCUCGGACGAAUGGAAGAGAAUAAAAUAUACGAUAAAGAGUGUAGUUUCGAAGUGCAAUAUCACGAGUAACCAGUGUGCAAUAAUAAAACGUUCGACCGAGACUUUUCGUAAGAAAAGUGCGUGUCGAUCGUGUGCCUAUGUGUAUGUGUGUAUGUGAGACACUGAGAGAGAGACAGAAAGACACGGACCGUAGAUAAGAUAGACGAGGAAGGAAGAUAAUAUAGAAUAAUCUAGUCAAAAGAUCGAACAAGGAACGAUAUUAUUUUUAACAGAAACGUUUUUCACCGGUUUGGACUCGAUCGAAGGCCUACGAGCCAAUCACGACGCUGGAAAGAAAGAGAUAGAUGGACAGCGAAAACAUUAGCUCAGUGUGGUACGUACACCCUUGACGCCGUUUGUAACCGACAUGUUAUGUUUACAUCGUGCACGAAGUUAUCCAUAGUUCGAGUUCGGUUGUUCGCGGCGUAACACGUACGCCAUAUUUCGUGCGUUCGAUUAUUACUGUUACUUUCGAUCAUUAUUACGUUUUUUGGAACACAUGUAACGUAAAUAUUCCGUUCCCUCGGUAUAGUGCUUUUUCUCGAAUUUUGAAAAUUCACAGUGCAAAAUGCGUGGGAAUGGGACAAAACUUUUUAUCGAAACACAGUAGUGUAUUAUUCGAAAAGUGUAUUGGUCGUUAUUUCUCACUUCAAAGAGAAGAAGAGGAGGAGGAAGAGGAGGAAGAAAAAGAAGAAGAGGAAGAAGAGGUGAUAAUAAGAAACUCGACGUUUUUCGAGCGUUGUACGUGGAUCGUGUUCAAUUUAGAAGAAAAUUUGGAAGGGAAAUUCGUACCGGCAGUGCGAUCGAGUGUUCGCAGUGACGUAAUAAGGAACCGUGGCGCCUCGGGACUAUUCUACGGUGCCGAACGUAUUUCUCGUUGACGAGAAUCGAGUGUUUGGACGCGGGAAAGCGAUUAAGUGACUGUAUUAGGUGUUUUUUAGUGAAAUAUGUAUCCGUGGUAUCGGGACAGCGUCGCGGCAGCGGCGGCAGCCGGCCUCGGAGGCCCCGUCGGAGUCGUCGGUUCCGGGUUCUGCUCCACCGGUCCAGGACAAGGCGGCACCACGAUCAAGACCGAGAGCGGAUAUUCGGAUUGUAUGCUGGCCCUGGACUACGUGCAGAGUAAAAAAGCCUCUUUCGCGUGGUCAGAGGGUGGCGAGGAGGGUGGUGGAGGCGGCGGAGGCGGCGGCGGAGGGGGAGGCGGAGGUGGAGGAGGAGGAGGAGGAGGAGGAGGUGGCGGCGGGGGAGGAGGUACGGCCGGAACCGGAACAGGGAACACGGGCCCAACGGCCAGCGGGGGCGGUGGAUUGGCCCAUUGGGUCAGCGUGAUGGCGGAGCACAUCCACAAUCCACACUCGGCCACCGGGAUGGGCGGUGUCCAUCAUCAGCAACAGUCACCCCCUCAACCACCCUAUCCGUGGAACAACGGCCUCUCCGGUGAUCAAUGCAACCCCCAUGACAAGGAGAGUGACUAUUGGGGCGGCGGACGGGGCGCGAAACAAGGUUACGAGCACUUUCUGUUGCAGGCGAAAAUGAACGCGGACCACGGCCAAUUGCAGAAAGGUGACGAGCAAUACCGAGGCGCUGGAGGAUCCAGCAGCGGAAGUCCUCCAGCGAGUCUGCUGGUGGUUCCUCAGCCUUUGACCGUGAAACCGUCUCAUCCCUCGCACCUGAACCCCCACUUGGGUGGACCGCACUCUCAUCCGCCGAGAAAGUACCAGUGCAAGAUGUGCCCACAGAUCUUCGGUAGCAAGGCGGACCUGCAGCUCCACACGCAGAUCCACAUGCGCGAGGCGAAGCCGUACAAAUGCACCCAGUGCUCGAAGGCGUUCGCGAACUCCUCGUACCUGUCCCAGCACACCAGGAUCCACCUGGGCAUCAAGCCGUACCGCUGCGAGAUUUGCCAGCGGAAGUUCACCCAACUGAGCCACCUACAGCAGCACAUCCGCACGCACACCGGUGACAAACCGUACAAGUGCCGGCAUCCAGGCUGCACCAAGGCGUUCAGCCAGCUGAGCAACUUGCAGAGCCACUCCCGCUGUCACCAGACCGACAAGCCGUACAAGUGUAACUCUUGCUACAAGUGCUUCUCCGACGAGCCCAGCCUGCUCGAGCACAUACCGAAGCACAAGGAGUCGAAGCACCUUAAGACGCACAUCUGCCAGUACUGCGGCAAGAGUUACACCCAGGAGACGUAUCUCGCGAAGCACAUGCAGAAACACGCGGAGAGGACGGACAAGAGACCUCCUAUAAUCGGGACGGGGCUGAGGCCGUCGAUCCACGCGAUGGCGGCCCAUCAUCAGGACCACUACUGGCCGAAAGUGAGCCCGGACUCGGUAAUCAGCGAUCUUCACGACCGGUUGCCCCAUCACCACACCGACUACCAUCAGAACCAGAACCCGGAGAUGCUGUUGCCCGGCCACGGCCACCGUGGCGAGUCGAUCGAGAACGAUUCGAGGCAACAGACGCCUCAACCGGGCGCCAAUCACCACCCGAACAGCAGUUCGGCGUUCACGCCGAUCUCCUCCAUCUCGAUAAACUCGAUCUCCUCCAUGCAACACCCGUUGAACCCUCUCAACCACCUGCACUACCCGGCCAGCCAUCACCCGGCCUCGAGGCCCUACCUCUACGAGGCGUUCAACUCGACGCAGAAAUCCUCCCCAGCGUCCUCAUCGUCCGGGGUCACGUCCGGCACGACCACCAAUCAGAACGCGACCUCGUUCCCCAAUCAAUUGAUCAGCCUCCACCAGAUCAGGAACUACGCGCAUCAACCUAACCUCGGCAACCUAGGCAAUUUAGGGAACCUAGGCAAUCUGAGCAAUCUCAGCAAUCUGAGCGCGACGAUGGAGAGCCACGCUCUCCUAGGCGGACUCAAGGAGAAGCAGUAACUCCGGCUGGUCUUGGAGAUUAGGAACAAAGAAAAAAAAAGAAGAAGAAGAAGAAGAAAAGAAAAGAAAAGAAAAAAAAAGAAAAAAAUCUAUAUCGCUAUUUCUCCUCGAUUUCUUUUUUUCUUUAUCCGCGUACACUUGGUGUUCCAUGUUCGUCCUGUCGUCCUGUCCUCCCCCCCUAAUCUCAAGUUUUUCAAGAGAAAAACCUGCGCGUGGGGCCAGCCAACUCGAACGACGCGUCUCACCUACGGCGAGAAAAUUUUUUUUUUUUUCCCCUCAUCCGCCGAUAGAUCCGACGCGUCGAUCGAAUUCGCCGCUCCUAGUCGCCCCGUCUCUCUCUUCCCUCCACUUUUGUGAAAAAAUCCCGUAGAAAAUUCUGUGACCACUUUUUUUUUUUUUACGAGAGAAAAAGAAAAAGAACCUUGUUGUUGUUGUUGUUGUUGUACGACGCGUGCAAAAUCGUUUUCCUGUCUUUCCUUUCUCCGAGCUCGGGUGACCGAGGGUGGCCAAUCGCUCGAGGAUGAUCGUUAGGUUGAAAUUUUUUUACUUAGUUUUAAGUAAAGAGGAGGAUUUUUUACGCGCGUAUUACGUAUCCAUACACAUUCGUCAGUCGUACGUAUAUAAGAGGAUUCCCAGGUUUUCCUAUUUCGAUAGGAAAUUUUCUUUUACGUUUUAAACGAUUAUCUUUUUUUUUUUAUCGAUAACCAGUUAACCAAUCUCUUACCAGUUAGUCAAAAAAAAAAAAAAAAAAGGAAAACCUUCUCUUUUCCGAAGAAUUCUAAACAAAUAUAAGAAUGAUCGUGGGGGGGAAAAAAUAAAAAGAAACAAAAAAAAAAAGAAAUCCUAUCGUUCCAUCCGGUGAAGUAUUAUUAAUCUUCUCGAAAAGCAUUCGCGAGACGAAUGCAAAUCGGCGACUUUUAAUCGCUCCAUUGCGACCGUGCAUCCAUGCAUGAAGAACGAAUAUUAGAAAGUAACCCUGUUCGGCGCGGUAUCGAUCACGGCUUCCCAUCGAUCCAUCGUGAAUCGGCAGGAUCGAUCGAGCCUCCCCAGUGUAAACCGGCCGUUUAGCCUGAUUAACUUUCACGUUCGUGAAGUUAGAUAGAAAGUAGCUUGGAAAAGAUAAUCGACGGGCGUGUUUCUCGAUGUCCUCGGCGAAUAGUCACCCGGACCAGGGUUCCAUGCUGGCACAGAAAUCCUGACGCAUUUCCUAGUGAAAAACUAUUUUCGAGGGACGUCCCACCCGAGUUCCAACCGAACACUUUUCCUCCUCCCUUCGAAAUUCAUCCAUGAAAAGUCUCCUUGGGGUGCGAAUAUACUUAUAUAUGUAUAUACACAUAUAUAUAUAUAUAUAUAUAUAUAUAUAUAUAUAUAUAUAUAUAUAUAUAUAUAUAUAUUUCAGAGAGUAAAACUCUCGAGAAAGUUGAGAUUAUUUUUCGCAAGUAAGAGAAAAGUACGUGGGGAGUGAUUUUGUUCCAACGAUAAUUUUUAUUCUCUUCCCUGAAAAUUCCACUUCUCGCGAAAAAUAAUUCUCGCGAAAGCGACUCGCGCCCCAAGGAUGCGUUAAUAAUAACUUUUCCUUUAAGCUAAUUAUUCCUCCUUUUAUCUUUUUUCUUCUUAUCUUUUUUCCACUUCUUUUUUCUUUCUUUCCGGUAUUACUACUUGAUGACUCGGUGGUCCCAUCGACGAUCGUGCAAAUCGUACAAAUUGAUAAAAUUGUUUAACUCGAUUGGCGCGUAUCCGUCUCUCUGCCGCGUACGUUUUACAAUUUUCGUUUACGAUUUCUUUUUUUUUUUUUUUUUUUUUUUCCUUCUGGCCAUGUGUUAAAGAUCCGUGGAAUUUCGAUUUAAUUUUCACGGAUUUCGUUAUCACGUACGAUUCGUAGUGGUAUUUUUGGUCUUUUAUCACUUUGGGGCAGGCGACUUUGUUGGUUAGCCUCGUUACACGUACGUGAUGCGUGUGUAAAAUAUCUCCGUGAUACCACUGCUUUUGACCCUUUUCCACUCUAUCCCGUAUAUACGGUAGAACGCAUUGGCUUGCGUUAUUGGCUUAAAUUACAAAGCUGUCGUAUAUAUAUAUAUAACUUUAUUAUCUUUAUUGAAAUAUUAUUUCGAAAAGUUCUCGUUCCAAAAUUCCAAACGAGGAGUCGCGAUCAUAAACUACAAGAAUACACGCAAACCAAUGAAUUAACGAGCUCUCGAGGGCGACAAUGUUUCUGUACGUUAAAGAAAGAAAUUGAUUUAAAUUAUAAGGUCGUAAAGUUCCAAAGUUCCAUUGAUUGGCGAGGAGAGAAGAAACGAAAGAGAGGUGGGUGGGGGAAAUCUGUAUAACCGACGAGAAUCGAUGGGACCGCCGACAAUUCUGUUCUUUUCGCUUUUCUGCCUCCCAGGAGCAUCGUACGUAAGAGGGAAUAGCAAAGCCAGGAGAAAUCGUGUCGUGGAGUAGAGCUAUUUUCCAAGGGGUGGCUCACCCCCCUGAAACCGGUGCAAGGGGGUGGGCAUACCUUUCUGGGUCGAGUGGACGUUUCGCUCGCAACGGGAUAAUUAACGAAGCGAAUGUGUGUAUGUGUGUCUGAGAAAGCCGGAAACUCUGCUGUGUGGUGUAUGUGUGUGUGUGUGUGUACGUGUCUAUGUGCGCGUGUCUGUGUGUAUGUAUGUAUGUAUGUACGUACGUAUGUGUGAGGGGUAAAAAAAAAGAAAAAAGAGGGAGAGAAGAAAAUGGGAGUCUAAGCAUCACACGCACUUUUUAAAAAAAUAAAUAAAUAAAUAAAUAAAUAAAAUAGGAGUUACACGCGUACACACAUGAGGGCACAAAUCGUGUGAAUACCUUUGAGGGCGAAAGGAGUGUAUCCGAGAGAGAGAGAGAGAGAGAGAGAGGGUGCAAGAGAGAGAAAGAGAGAGAGAGAGAGAGAGACUUAGAAUAGAAUUGACGACAGUGCCACGAAAUAAUUAAAUGCGAAAGUAACGGAGAUAAUAGAGAAUAUAAGAAAAAGAAGAGAAAGGGAACGAGGAGUAGUGUGUGAGAGAGGAAGAGAGAAAGAGAGAGAGGAAAGAUUGAAAAACGCGAGCAACUACACAGGCGCACAGAGAAAGAAAGAAAUAACGAGAGAGAGAGAAAGAGAGAAAGAGAAAGAGAGAACGAUACGGAGAACCUCCUUGUAUAUAGUUAUUAUAUAAAUAUAUAAAUAUAUAUAUAUAUAUAUAUAUAAAUAAAUGAAUAAAUAAAUAUUAUAUAUUAUUAUUAUUAAUUGAUUAAUUAAUUAAUUGAUCGAUAUUCGGUAGGUGCGUAAGGGGAAAAAAAAAGAGAGGAAGAGGAUAUAGACUCUACUGAAGAUAUUCUAAGUACCUUGUCUAACGAGAAAACAGCGAAAAAGAGAACGAGAGAGAGAGAGAGAGAGAGAGUGCGUGUGUGUGUAUGCGUAUGCGUGUGUGUUGUGCGAGGGAAGAUCGCGUGUGAGACAAAAAAAAGAAAGAGAGAGAGAGAGAGAAUGGAAAAAAGAGAAGAGAGAGAAACGAAUGGAGAAAAGGGAGGGAAAAGAAGUAAGCAAUCGUUGCCCAAAGUUAUUUACGAUAAUUUUUCUUUCUCUUAAGAGCGCGUUUCCGUUCCGUACGUAUUCGCGGUUACGACCAACCUCGACGAUCGGUCUUCCUUCGUUUUUUUUCUUGUUUCUUCGCCCAGUUUUUUUUUCUUUUUUCUUCUUCUUUUCCUUUCAUUUCGACAAUGUCUUAUACAAUGAUAUAAAAAAUAAAGCGCGAUCGUCGAGGUCGAUCGAACGAGCUAUUUAGAAAAAAAAUUCGAGGCGUGAGAAAAUUCGCUGGCGUAGCGAAGGGGAAAAAAAAGGGGGAAAAAAAAAAAAAAGAAAAGAAAAGAGAGAAGAAAAACACUGCGUACUAUAGAUAAUUUCUUGUUACGGCGCCGCCAGUGUUUCGUUUCGUGACUCUUCCUCUUAAUCGGUCUUGAUCGAUCGAUCGAUCCGCGAGGUACCGCCGAGAAGAUUUUUUUUCUUUUUUAUUUUUUACCAUAUUUUCAAAGAAUCUAACAGAACCUACUAUUUUUUUAAUUUCUCCUAAUUUUUCGUUUAAACGUGAACUUAAACUCGAGAGUUCCGCUCGUUCCUCCUUCCGACGAAAAAAAAAAAAAAAAC